UUGGUCAACACUAACACACAUAGCCAAGAGUUUCAUCUUCUACUCCAUUACCAAAACAAACACAAGCUUCAGCACCUCCUCCAUAGAAACGAGAGAGAAAGCGAAAAUGGCAGGGAUUUCAAUAGCUCGCAUAAACAAUAACCCCAAUCUUAAUUCCAAACACCAACUAAUCAGCUCAUUCAAUCAAAAAAACCAGCUAUUCUCGAAUUCUCCGUCAAUAGUAAAACUCAGAAGCAGAAAAGGCGGUAAUUUGGGGUUGAGUGCAGUGUGCGCAACACAUACUUGCGACGUAGUAGUCGUCGGAGCUGGUAUUAUCGGGUUAAGCAUUGCCAGAGAUCUCCUUCUUCGUUCUAAUCUCUCUGUUGCAGUCGUCGAUGCCGCUGUUCCUUGCGCCGGUGCUACUGCCACUGGUGCUGGACAGGGCUACAUAUGGAUGGUCAACAAAACACCUGGUACUGGUUCAGGGGAUCUUGCAUUAAGAAGCCAGAAACUGUGGCAGUUAUUGGCAGAUAAUAUACAGGAUCAAGGCUCUGAUCCCUUGGAAGCAUUGGGUUGGAAAAAAACAGGAAGCUUGUUAAUUGGUACGACAGAACCACAGUUGGAUCAAUUAAAGCACAUAGUACAGCAAUUUUCUGCAGCUGGGAUAAGGGCAGAGUACUUGUCAAAGAAUGAUCUAGCUAUUAGGGAACCAGAGCUUGGAACCAACGAGCAUAGUGGUGCUGCCUUCUUGCCCGAUGAUUGCCAAUUAGAUGCUCAUCGUACAGUGGCGUUUAUAGAAAAGGGUAACAGGCACUUUAUAUCCCAAGGCAGAUAUGCGGAGUUCUACAAUGAUCCAGCUGUAUGUUUGAUAAGAUCAAAUGGAAAAGGAAAGAUCGACGGUAUCAAAACUCAAAAUAACUCAUUAUAUGGCCGAAAGGCCAUUAUAAUUGCAGCAGGUAGUUGGACUGGAUCUUUGAUGGACAAUCUACUUGAGGAUUCCGAUAUUUCGUUACAUGUUCCCAUUCAACCUCGGAAGGGCUUUCUCCUGUCUGUAGAGAACUUUAAUUACCUUAAACUACAGCAUGGUCUUAUGGAAGCUGGUUAUCUUGAUCAUGAAGAAUCUGUCAUAUCUGAAUCAGACGGAGCCUUGUCUAUUUCAAUGACAGCUACAAUCGAUGCUUCUGGGAACCUUCUUAUUGGAAGCAGCCGACAGUUUGCUGGAUUUAACUCUGAAUUGAAUACACUCAUUGUUGAUCGCAUAUGGGAACGUGCCCAGGAGUUUUUCCCUGCUUUAAAAGAAUUCUCAAUCAAAAACUUGAGUGAAAAUAUGAAUGUCAGAAUAGGAUUACGCCCUUACAUGCCUGAUGGGAAGCCAGUCAUUGGGCCAGUUCCUGGGAUGCCCAAUCUUUUCCUUGCGAGUGGGCAUGAAGGAUUAGGACUUACCAUGGCUCUAGGAACAGCUGAAAUGGUCACUGACAUGGUCUUGGACAACCCUUUACAACUUGAUUGUACGCCUUUUGCUGUGGAAGGUCGAUGCUGCUAAUCAACUGAAACAGUCGAUCCUCAAAUAAAAAUGCAAUGUGGUGAUUUUGCAUUCAGGAUAAGUACAUAAUCGCGUUGAUUCAGUUUUAAGUGGUAACGCUCUCACGUCUAAUCACGAGAUCCGAAGUUCCAUAUAUCUCACAUGUUAGGGGAAGAAUCAUGUUUACAUCUCUCUCUUACAUUGAAAAUUGUUUAUGUUUUCGGUUUGGCAUUACCACUCACACCUGAUGGGCUGGGGAGGUGAUGUAACAAUGUGAUGGUUUGAUGUUCGACGACACUUCAGAUCUAUUAGUCCCUUGAUCGUGCUUUAAUGCCUAUGCUUGUUGGUUGUAUACAUAAAAACCAUGGUCGAUGAGGAUGAGGAUGCUGGUGGUACAUCUGCCAUUGUAAAAGGGCCUUGUUGCUUACUCAUGCUACAAAUUUUAUGUCAAUCAUAUAUUUAUACACUAUGUCACCUUUGUGUUUGCUAACAAUGUGGUUAAUUUUUGUUCUUGUGACUUAUAAGCAAUAAUUUUUGUUCUGA